CUCCAGAGUUCGAACCACUAGAUAUGCAGUAUACUGCCCAGAACUCAAAAGGCCCCCAUCCAUCCACAACGGGCUCCAAAGAGACAGUUUUCUCUAACGGGGAGUAUUUUGAGACGGGUUCUAACGGUACGAGGGAAAAUGCGAAUACAACGCGGAAUAUUGACGCCAUGAUACGAGAGGACAAGCCUUCGUUAUUGAGCAAGAAUUCGUUGAAGCUCUACUUCUGUCUCCUUGUGAGUUACUUGGUUUCAACGAUGAACGGAUAUGACGGUUCUCUGAUGUGAGCAGACGAUUUUCCUGCCUAACUUCCUCCACUACGCUUAACCUUUAACCACCCUGGAUUUAUGUUAAUUCAUUGAUGUAUAGGGGCGCUGUCAAUGACAUGGAACAGUAUCAAAAUUCAUUUGGCCUGAACGGUAAAGGCUCUAGUACGGGUAUUGUUUUCAUGAUCUACAACGUAUGUAUCUUGCAUAUCCAGUCCUCACCCCCCAUCCCAGCAUCAAACUAACGGAACCAAUGCCAGUUGGGACAAAUCGCCGCAUUCCCCGCAAUUGGGUGGCUCGCAGACGGAUACGGUAGGCGGUGGGGUAUGUUCGUCGGUUGUGCAAUUGUCCUUGUUGGAACUGCGGUGCAGGCCACGGCCAAUGGCUGUGAGUAUUCCUUUUUUUUUUCGGAAUGUUUUCCAUUACCGAGAAGCAACUAAGUCCCUAGCUAGUAGGACAAUUCCAAGGGGGAAGGUUCAUCCUUGGAUUCGGCGCGGCGAUAGCUUGCGGUUCUGCACCUCCCUAUGCUGUUGAAUUGUCGCACCCAGCGUACCGUGGUACCCAGGCUGGCCUUUUCAAUGUCUGCUGGUAUCUAGGGUCUAUUAGUAUGGACUCUUAUAUGAGCGCUCAUUCGCAGAUUCUAACUAACCUAGUUUCCCGUUGUAGUUGCAGGGUGGUGCUGUGUCGGCAGCAAUCGCCACAUGGGUAACUCGUGGGCAUGGAGGACCCCUACUAUCGUUCAGGGAGCCAUUCCUGCCCUCGUUGUCAUUCUGGUCUUCUUCAUCCCGGAAUCUCCCCGUUGGUUAAUCGCUCAAGGCCGUGACGAGGAGGCUAUCGGGAUUCUAGCUAAAUACCACGGCGAGGGCGACCGCCAAUCCCCAGUCGUGCAGGCUGAGUUCAGGGAGAUGAGCGAGCAAAUUGGAACCACAUCCUCCGACAAGAUCUGGUGGGACUACCGCGAUCUCGUGAACACACGAAAGGCUAGGUAUAGACUUGGCCUCGUCAGUAAGUAUCAUCCCGCGCCCCACACCAAAUUUUCCCGAGCCGCUAAUGGAUCACAGUUGCCAUCGCGUUCUUUGGUCAAUGGUCCGGAAACAAUGUCGUAUCAUACUACAUGCCAACAAUGUUCCAGCAGACCGGUAUCCAGUCUUCAGACACUCGUCUUAUUCUCAACGGAAUAUACCCGGUAUUCUGCAUGUUUGCAGCCGUCUGGGGUGCAACGCUUCUUGAUAGGCUCGGGCGUAGGCCAAUGCUUAUGGUGGCUACCGCCUUCACAGUGCUCUGCUUCGCCAUCAUCACCGCCGGAACGGCCGUCUCGUCAACUUCAAACGGUGCUUCGUACGCUGUUAUCGCGUUCAUCUACAUCUUUGGUAUGGCAUUCUCUUGGGCGUAUACUCCUUUGCAAACACUCUACAACACUGAGGUUCUCGAGACAAGGACUCGCGCCAAGGGUUCUGGGCUCAACUUUUUGUUCGUGAACAUUGCUAUGUGCGUGAAUACUUUCGCUGCGCCGGUUGCCAUGGAAGCUAUUGGGUGGAGGUACUAUAUUGUGUUUAUUGUAUGGAAUUGUUUCGAAGUUUUUGUAAUUUGGAUGUGGUUCGUUGAGACAGCCGGGCAUACCCUCGAACAAAUCACCGAGAUUUUUGAGAGCGAGAACCCAGUCAAGACGAGCUUGGAGACUAGAAAGAGGAAAAAGAAUGGGGGCGACAGUGCAUGAUUAGUGUUUGUCUGAAUUUUCGCGUUAGAGCCGGCGGUUCCGUUGGGAUUCUCUUUUUUAUUUUCCUUCUUUCUCCCUUACUGCGCUGUACAGUAUGGCUAUUGGGUACGGUUCGUGUUAUGAAAUACUAUAGAAUACUUUGAUAAUUUUUGAACGAAUAAUAUCACCAGUUAGGUGACCCUACUUGC